AUGUCGUGUUCUUUCGUCUUUGAUGUUGGCCUUGACGACUUCGACUCCCUGCGGCCCCUGUGCUACCCGAACGCGGCCGUGCUGCUGCUCUGCUUCUCCGUGGUGUGCCCCACGUCGUUCCAGAACGCCUCCCAGAAGUGGCUGCCCGAGCUGAGGCGCCACUGUCCCGACGCCCCCAUCGUGCUCGUCGGCACCCAGUGCGACCUGCGCACUGACGUCAAGGUCCUCAUCGAGCUCGCCCGCUACGGCGAAGAACCCGUGCCGGAGUCCGCGGCGCGGCACGCCGCCCACCGCAUGGGGGCGCUGGCUUACGUCGAGUGCUCGGCGCUCACGCAGAAGAACCUGAAGGAGGUCUUCGACACGGCCAUCGUCGCCGCGCUGCGCCGGAACAGCCCUGGCCUCGUCGGCAAGGGCUUCAACCUUCUCCCUUCCAGGUCGUCGCCGGGUUCCAGGAACGGCACGGGACAGUUCAGCAACGGGUUCGUGCCGUUUCCCCGGAGGCGAGCCAUGUCGCUGGACCGGCGAGGCGCGAGGGACUACGAGGGAAAGAAGACCGGAUGGAAGAAGCUGUGCUGCUUCAUCUGAAAUGGUGUUUGCUAGCGCAUGCGCACGUGCGUCUGUGGCGUGGGCGUUUUGUGUACGACGAGUGUGAUUGAGUGACGGUUUCAAUAAGCUCCUGAGGGUCGGUUCCAACGGGGACCCGAAAGUGUACCGAACCAGGUCCUGGUGACGAUUGCAACGAUGACCUGAGUGACAGUUCCAACGAUGACCUGGGUGACGACUCCAACGGUUCCAACAAGAACAUAUGCCAGAAAAUCGUUCCAAGUGCGUCUAGUGUUGUUGCUUGGUUUUUUAGGCCGCUUUGUUGAUCUCGCGUGCCUGCCACUAUCCGUGUACAACGAGUUUGGCUGUUCUCUUUCGAGGUCGGAGACAUAGGCUGACAUUCACGAUGCUACCAUGAAAGACAAGUCUCAGGGUUGAAGUUUGGUGAUUUGGGUAUACAGACAAGGGUGGUGGCACCGCUCGGCCUUAGCCGCCCUUUUCUGUCACACGACUACCCUGAAAGACGCCCCCAGGCUCCGUUUUUAAAACUACACAUGUGACCAAGGUGUGCCAAUCAAGCCGAGUCUCACUGGUUUCCGAGUCGAGAUCCAACGAUACCGAAAGUUUGGCCAGUUGGUGCACGUGAUUCGAGAUUUGGAAACUGCGCUUGGUCUAAAGCAGCAGCUGCGAGCCAUUCUUUACUUCCCGAAAGUGACUUUGCGAAUGCGUUCGAUCGCACUUUACGGACGCUUCCUGAGCAGGACGUCAUCAAACAGUCAGCGCUGGCUACUUGCAACGGCACGUCGCUUUAUAGACAAUGUCCCAUUGUUGCCCGCAGCAGCUCGUUUUCUCGGCUUGAGCUGUCCUGGAACGACGAGAGGUGGAGUGCAUAAGUCGAAGCGGUCACUACGACGAGUUGAAACAUAAGUGUAGAACGAUUUAGGCCGAUUCUAUGGUACAUGUAUAGCUGGGGACUCUACUCCCUCUGGUCCUAUAAAAGACUGUGACUAGUGACCGCUUCUGGGCAGCGGUGCAACCGACUGUAGUGUCGUUUCCAGUAGCGAAAAGUACUGCGCUUGACCGAUGCCGUGCACGUCCUGCAAAAGUGGUAUUCCGUUAUCUACGACGCAGGUUCCUAAAAAAAAAGAGAAAAAG